AGGGAAGGGGAUGUUUCUAUUAUAAACAGUUGUGUGUGUGCCUGGGUGUGUGUACAGACAACUGGGCUAUUUACUUUUUCCAUUGCGACAUCACAUGACCUCAAGUCAGCGGGCAUUGCCCAUGACCAAAAUCUGUAAACACAAAGUUUUUGCACAUCUCUUAAGAAAAGCACUUCUCGACCACAUUGCAUGGGACUCCCAGUAGACAGACAAUGAAUAUUCCUGAAAUAAAUAUUCCAGAUGUUCCUAACAUUGCGGGAGGGAUGCGGGCUAGGUCCGCGACCUUCACCGCCAGACAGAGGUCUAACUCUAGCUGCAGCACAGACGGGACUCCAAACCAGGGCAUUCUACCUGGGUUCAGAAGGCAUUCCAUUAGCAUUCCAAUGCUUGUCAUAUCAGAUUCUGACCACUAUGAUCUAGGCACAUCCUCUGGGCUGAAAUACGGGAAGUUUGUUGAUUGGGAUAAAAUGCCAGCCGCGUCUUCCGAGAGCUGCACGGAGCCCCUACCCAGUGAUCCGAAGAUACUGAAGAGCAUGGCCAGGGCAGGUUGCUGGUCAAAGAACCAUACUCUACGGGCCAAGGCCUACAACCACAUCAUCAGAAGCAUACGCUGCCGGGCAGUGACCCCCGACGGCGCUGUCUACCGGGACAUAUCAGGGAAGCUGUUCGGGCAGAAGAAGGUGAGCACUCAUCCUUUCCCACAAUUCAUGGAAGGAAGCCAGAUCCCUAUGUACUGUCUCAACAAGGGUGGGCUCAACGCGGUCAAGAAGGUCCUCGUCUGCGUUGAGAACCAGUUCCCCGACAUCACGUACUGCCCAAUACUCCCUGCCAUCGUAUCUCUGCUCCUCCAUUACAGUGAAGACGAAGCAGAGUGCUUUCAGAACGCUUGCAGGCUCAUAGCUUGCAAUGACCCAGACAUGCACUACAUAGACCAAACCUUCCUGGCUUACCAGUCCUCUUGCAUGACUUUUGGGGACUUGGCCAAGAAGUACUGCCACGGCGCCCACAAGCUUAUAGGAACCACGGACCACAAUCUCUUCUCGGUCUACUCGGAUUGGAUGAUGUGGCUCUUUGGUGGCCUCCCUUUUGAGUACGCCACUCGGGUGUUUGAUGUCUACCUGCUGGAAGGCGUCAAAGUGCUCUACCGGGUCGCUCUUGUACUGCUCAAGCAUUACAGAGUCUCGGUGACAUCCAGGGAGUCGGAGAUCACUGAUCUCCGGCAGGACAUCCAGAGCUUCGUGGCCAGCAUCGCGCACCACCUGACAGUGGACAAGUUUCUUGAAAAGGCCUUUAGCAUCCGGCUGUUCUCAGGCAAAGAAAUCAGCCUCCUGCAUAUAGCCAACAGGAAGGCACUGGCACAGAAGGGCAUCACCCUCACCCAAAGGAGGCAGUCUAUGCACAUGGCGAUAGACCUGCAGAGCUUCAGCUCCGGCAUUGUGACUGCGCAGGAGAUGCGUAUCAUCUGGUCCUGGAUCCCGGAGAGAUUCGCCCUCUUCCAUCCCACCCUGCUCUUCACCACCAGCGAGCACGGCUACAGCCUGCAGACGUUGUACUCGCGUGUUGAAGGUUACGAGCCCACGGUUCUUCUGUUCAAGACCCUGGAUGAAGAGGUGUCUGGAGCCUUUCUCUCGUCAGACUGGAGUGAGAGAAAUAAAAACAGGGGGAAAGACAGCUUUUUUGGGACCGGAGAAUGCUUUGUUUUUACUCUGCGUCCUGAGAUAGAGAGGUAUAAGUGGAUGACAGCGCACCCCGUUGAGUCUGUAUCAGAGGAAGAGUUUCCCAAGGCACGUCUGCGCUCUCGCUCCUUCACACCCUCAGUCUCGCGGCCUGAUACCUUCGCCUCCUCUCUCUCCACCGCAGGGACCAGCCAGGACAGCAGCUUCUUAACCGUGCCCCAUGCAGAGCCCCGGCCAGCUCACUUCCGCUCCGUGCCACACCUGCCCACCAAAACAGCCUCAAUGUUCAUGGCCGGAAGCAGAGAGGGGAUCAUCAUAGGGGGCGGUGGAGGGCAGGCUCUGUAUAUUGAUGGGGAUCUGCAUCGUGGGAGUACGCAGCACUGUGACACCUUUAGUAACCCACCUCUCUGCAAGGAGAGCUUCCAGAUUCAGCUGCUUGAAGUCUGGGGCAUCCACAACACUGUGUAAUGAAAUCUGUGCUGUGAGGGCAUAGAGGUUCACUGGUCUGAUUGCAGUAAAAUUGGGUCUGUCUGACGAUAUCAGAAGACACCUAAAUGUUUUAAAAACAAACCACAUGCUUCAAAAAAAGAAAAUAAACAGACCAUUUUGCUUACCAUGAAUGUAUUUGCUUCCAUUUAGAAAUAACCUCAAAACAGAAGGUGUUUUGUUUUUAUUUUAGCAUAUAUUGCAUAAUGGUACCCAGGUGGGACGGCAGGAGAUUUGUAAUACGCUAGCAUAGUGCCUCUAUUUCUGACACAAUCUUAAAUGCAUCCUGUCCCAAGUGAAUCUUCUUAACACCCCUAGUCAAGAGACAUUAUGUGUGAAGUGUUAGGCGUGCCAUUGAUUACACAUUCAUCUCCUGUUAGGAGGAGGAAACAGCCAUGGCAUAAAUGCCACUCUGGGAACUGAUACACACUCCUGCUGAUCAGCCUGUUGAUGUGCAGUGAUGUGUUAUUUCCUUUCUGUAGAGGCAUGCUCGUGUAAGUGUCUAAACCUCUCAAAUGAAAGGCAGUUGAUACUAGAGCUUGUUUCUCGAGUGCUGUUUUGAUUAGACAAGCUGUUCCACAUCAUUUUGUUUAACAUUACCGAUGACCCUGCAUUAGGUAGUGGGACCAUAUGGGGCUCAGGUGUGUCAUUCCCUGUGUAUCUCUUAUAAAAGUCAUUUGGCAGUUUCAUGCUUUUCUUAUGGUGUCAAUUAUUUUUGUGUCAGCAGAUUGUGGAAGUUGAAAGAGGCUAUGUAACAACUGUAAGUCGACCUGGAUAAGUGUGUCUGCUAAGAAAUAAUAAUAAUAAUAAUAAUAAUAAUAAUAAUAAUAAUAAUAAUAAUAAUAAUAAUAAUUGCCCAAUAUCUAUUUUUGUAAUAUGUUCAUCAAAUAAAAAAUUUUGAAUGCACUUUUCUUUUUUUCUUUUUUUUUAGCAUGUAUCACUGCAAUUCAAAAAUCAGUUUUGUGAAAUCGUAUAAUUAGAACUGCAAACUGAUUUUGUUUUUUUAGUUGUUUUAUCCAUUAAAAAAGUUGAU